UUUUUCUCUUUUCUUUUUCUAUUUCAAUUUUUCUUUACUGUGUGUAAAAAUAUUUUUAUACACGUACUGACGAUGUACUCUCUAUCCAUAACCUUAUUAACUAGAUUAAUGUUGAAUUGUCUUUUUUUUUUUUGUUUUGUUUUUCUUAUAAAUUCUUAUUUAUUCUUAUAUAUGUUCAAGAAUACAUUGUGUCAGAAAUAUAUACGCAUUUUCUCUAUUAGAAUCGUACGCAUAUAUAACAUUGCGAACAAGUUGUAUAGAAUAGAGCACUAAGCUUUUUUGCGUGUAUGAAGGAUAUAGUGUAUCACAGAGUAUUAUUUUACACCAUACGUUAAACUAGUAAUUACACAGUUGAGACAAUAAUACGAGUAUAUUUUAAGCCAGUUAGAUGCGUUAGAUGCUUUCAUAACUGGUUCGAUGGAUAUGAGGUUAUGUUAAAUGAAAUUGUAUUUUAUUGUAUGACAAUUGGAGUAUAUUGAAUUUUGCUUAAUGGGGAAAAUAAGAAGUUUAUCUGGUGAUGUAGGUGUUGGUAUUCUUUUAUUGGCCUUAUUUUGUAUUAGCAUAGCAUUUGGUACAUCGGCAUGGUUGAUCAGUGAUCCUAGAAUGAUAGGUGCUCAAUUUGCUAAACUGGGUCUUUGGACGCAUUGCUUUAGAUCUUUACCAAGCCCAUAUGAAUCUGAUGCACCUACACAAUUUUUUGUAGGUUGUAGAUGGGUUUAUGAUCCAUUUACUAAGGGAUACGAUAAUAUACGAGGCUUUUUAAUGCCACCUUUUAUGAUAGCUACUCAAUUUUUUUUCACAAUAUGUUUUCUACUUGUUCUAAUAUCAUUUGGAUUAAUGCUGCUGUUGGUAUUAUGCUGUGGUCCAGAGGAAAAAAGAUAUAUCCUACUUAUUAAAAUUAUUAGUUAUUUAUUAUUGACAAGUGGCCUGCAUGGUUCUAUAGCUGUCAUCAUAUUUGCAUGUUGUGGAAAUAAGGAUGGUUGGAUGCCAGGUCAUGAAAAUAAUUAUUUCGGAUGGUCUUUUGCAAUGGCUGUAGUUGGCACUACCUUAGCUCUUAUAGGAGGUAUACUGUUCCUUAUCGAAGCAAAUAUACAGAACAAAAAGCGUAAAUAUCUAAAAGAAUCUCAAACGCGAUUUCAAUUAGAAUCAAAUACAUAGAGUUUGCAUUUAUGCUGGAACAUUGCACAAUAUUCCUUUGGAAGAGCUUUAUUAUUUUAGUGAAAAGAGUCAAUAUAUUUAGUUAUAUACAAAAUAAUUAAUGCCGUCCUUUCUUAAAUAGAAAACAAAACUUUAAAAGAAAAAUUAGUUUUUUAUAGUUAUUUUUAAGAUAUACGAAAUAUAUAAUUAUAUAUAUAUAUCAAAACUACGCUUUUUAUAUCGACUAUAUAUUUGUCUUUGUGAUUAUCCUAAUAUUUCAUAUGUAUCUUUUCAUCAGAGUAUAUGUAUAUAAUUGAAAUAAAUGUAAUUUACGAAGUUGCUUCACUUCUGUUAAUUUAGCUGCACUUGUAAAAGUAGUAUAUUUAUAUUAUUUUUUUAAAUCCGAACGUUUUGACUUAAAUAGAAUUAAAGACUGAAAUAGGAAUAGAUGGUUGGUUGUAUAUAAAUAUAUGUAUUAUAUAUAUAAUAAUUAAAUCAUUCAUAAAUGAUUAUUA